AAUGGAUCAAGUUAAUUCAACUAAUAAAGACGAUGCAUCAGUAUAAGCAAGAGCUAGAAGGAGAAGGAAUGAUUAAAGUAGUAGGGAUUAUACAUGUGGAUGUGGAAAGAGCUAUUUAAGUUAUCCCGCAUUAUAUACACAUUUGAAGUAUUGCAACUUAUAUAUGGAGGCAAAAACAUCAAGGAAGUCCACCUUAAGGGACUACUCAACCUAAUAAUAUGAAUCCCAAAGCAAAUAGGGGUAGACCCAAGAGAGUAUAAAUGAUUUUAGUAAUUCAAGUUAGAUGAAAAUGAUUUAAAGGAAGGAAAAUCAGAUGAUGAAAGAUCAAUUAGUAAUAAUGAGCCUGAUGAAACAAUUGAAUAAGUCCUUCUCUUUUUAGAUAGCAUUGGCAAUUUUAGAUCUGUAAUAAUUCAUUAUUCAAUUUCAAGGUCAUUAAAUAUGAAAAAGAAGAAGAAAAAUAAGGCUAUUUAUUGAAUUACUUUCCAAAAGAUUAUUUUAAUAAUUGUCAAGAUUAUUAGUCUAUCUAUAAUAAUAUUAAGGACAUUACAAAUGAAAGAGUAAAAAAUUGUGGUAUAAUUUAAAAUAGGUAAAAAAUCCAGAUCAUGAUCCUCUAAAUAAAGAGGAAAUUGAUAAAGAUAAAAACAUUAAGAAAACUUAAAUAAGUAAAAUCUUAGCCUAUUUUCUUGUGGCUAUAGGCCCUUUAUUAAAUGAAGAUGCUUACAAGGAAGUAAUAUUAUAUUUUUGAUAAAGAUGGCUACUUUUAUUGUUUUAUUUUCAAUGGCACUUAAUGAAACGGGUUAUCAGGCCCUAUAAAAUUAUGAAUAAGAAUAAUAUCAGCAAGGAGAUACUGAUAAAAAGCCUUAAUCUCUUGUCAAACAAGGUAUGGAUACAUUUAGUAUCAAGACUAAAAUAUGAAUGCAACAUAUUGCGAAGAAUAAAAUGGUGAACACAUUUUAUUAAUAACAAAUGAUUUUAUUUUGUCAUUUUUACCACAGAACUUCCCUAAAUUGGGAAAUAUAGAAAAAACAUUUAGAAUAUUUGGUAGUCCAGAUGAAAAAUUAAAAAAUGCUGUUUAUGUUACUUAACAUUUAUCUUAUUGGUUGUAUGCUAUGAAAUUUACUAACUCAAGAUUAGCUUUAUACACAGAUGAUGAUUAAUGA